UGCUCUUUUUCUCUCCUCCUCAAAAACUUAAAAGCAUUUUGGGCCCUUUAAUCUGCAACCUUAAUGAAGGGAGAAUUCGAAGAAAAGGGAAGAGUGAUUAAGGUUAUCCACCUUCAUAAAAACUGUCAUUAAUGGGAAGAGUAUCGCUUGAGACUGGAUGCCGUUUUCCAUUUAUAUAAAUGCUCUCGAACACCCCAAUCGUUGGGCUGCACCAAGUUUGGCAAAAGUGGCCACUUUGUGACAUAUUACCUCUUCAUCUCCAGCCUUUUUGCUUCUCUUCGCCCUGGCUCUCGUCUUAGGAUUUAGUUUUGGCAGCGAGAAGGGGAGGGGGGGAGGAAAGAAAGGAGGGAUUUUUGAGACGGAGAUGGGGAAAAGGAGAGGGUUUUGAAUGGCGGGAGCUGAACACCGAAGCUGAACCAGAGCGUAGAAGUUGGGGUGAGGCUGAGAGAGAUGUGGGAUCUCAACGGCUCGCCGGAUAAUAUGGUGGGCUCGGAGGGGGACGAAGGCGAGAGUUCAUCGCAGAGGAAGGGAAAAGAGCCGGAGUCUGCUGUGUCGACGGAAAAUUCAAGCUCGUCGGCGGUUGUCGUAGAGGCCUCCGACGAAGGGGAGGACAACUCUGGCGACAGAGAAGUUGGAAAAAUCUUCGGGAUCAGCGUCACGGGCGGCCAGCAGCCGUUUGUGACGCGCCAGUUCUUCCCCUCUGGCGAAGCAGUGGCGCAGAACUGCGGUGAUCCGCCACCGAGGGCGCACUGGGCGGCGGUUCAGUUUCGACCACCGGAAUCGGCAGCUGCGGCAGCGCCUUCAGGGCAACCGAUGAAGAAGAGCAGGCGAGGACCGAGGUCAAGGAGCUCUCAGUACAGGGGAGUGACGUUUUACCGGCGAACAGGCCGGUGGGAAUCCCAUAUAUGGGAUUGCGGAAAGCAAGUGUAUUUGGGUGGAUUUGACACUGCCCAUGCCGCUGCCCGGGCGUAUGAUCGAGCGGCGAUCAAGUUUCGUGGUGUCGACGCCGACAUAAACUUCCAUUUGGAUGACUAUGAAGAUGAUUUGAAGCAGAUGGGCAAUUUAACAAAGGAAGAAUUUGUUCAUGUGCUCAGGAGACAGAGCACUGGGUUCCCAAGAGGAAGCUCCAAGUACAGGGGAGUCACCCUCCACAAAUGCGGCCGAUGGGAAGCUAGAAUGGGCCAGUUCCUUGGGAAGAAGUAUGUGUAUUUAGGCCUUUUCGACACCGAAGUGGAGGCAGCAAGAGCUUAUGACAAGGCAGCGAUUAAAUUUAAUGGGAAAGACGCAGUGACAAACUUUGAUGCCAGCAUAUACGCUGAUGAGCUAGGUUGUUCGACUGUUCAAGCUGAGCACAAUCUUGAUCUGAGUCUGGGGAGCUCAGCCCCUAAGAUAAGCACAGCCAAUCCAAUGGAUGAGGAGAGCUCCGGCUGUGCAAGCAGCAGCGGUGGCGCAGAUCAACGGUUUCUGACUACUUGCCGUGAUGUCAUCAACACAAACACAAAGCUCAAGCUGCCUGAGAAUGAAAGCAGAGUCAAUUUCCACCUCGGCCAUCAUAUGGAAAUGCUGAAGCAUUCUUCCUACAUCCAGGCGCCACAGUUCGCGCUUCCCCCACCGCAGUCAGUUGGGUUCCAGUUCAUCCGUCACCAGCUCUCUCAUCCUUCCAGUUUUCACCAAUAUCAUCCUGGCGGCAACUUGGCCGCAGCGAGGAGCAGUGGAGACGUUCAUCUUUCACUGGCGAUCGACGGUGGAAGCAGUGGAAGUAACUGGGCUCCGCUGCCCGCCGUCGUCGGCCCUCAAUUCUCCUCCCCCACCGCCGUAGUAGCUGCAGCAUCAUCAGGAUUCCCACCGCAGGCAGUGAAGAGCUCUCACAAUUGGCUGCACAAAAACGGGUUGCAGUCAUUGGGCCGACCAUGACCCGACUCAACUCCUCCCCACCCAAAAAACACAGGGUUGAAAAAUAUAAGAUUUUGUUUGUUGAGAUACUUGACAAAGGAGAAAUGACAGCGCCUCUAUCCUCUCUGCCUUUUUUUUACCUGUUUCCUUUUCAUUCGCAUUUUUUGUUGCAAGCAAACAUUCUGUUCUAAUGGAGAUAGAGAGAGAAAGAGAGAGAGGGGGCGGUGAAUGAAUUCAAUGAUUUGUGCUGGAACAUUAAAGUCGCAACCUGUGAAAGGGAGAAUCAGAAUGGGAUUUCCAAUUUUGGGCUGUUGAAAUAAUUGGUGUGGGGUGCGGAUGCUUAAGUCUAAUAAAGGCAACAAGGGUUGAUUCUAACAAUAAGAAAUUGUGUGAGGGGGGAAAAGCUAAAUAAGGUGGAUUACAGGUGGGCCGAUGAAAGUUGGGACGUGGAGUGGUGGAUGGGAUGACGUGUCGCUAUCGUCGGUCCUUCGAAUCAGUUCACUGCGGGCUCAUGCAGUCAGACCGAAAAAGAGGACUAUUAUGGCGAGAGGGACAUCUCACCGCAGACCCCCAAUACGCACAGUACACACCAACCUUUUUUCCUCUCUUCUUUUCUCUCUCUAAUUGGCAACAUGCAUGUGUUUUGUAAUCUAAAUUAUUCUUCUAUUUUAUUAAAUCUCAUUAGUCUCAU